AUGUCAUUUAGGGUGCUGUCCAAUGUGAACUUCGAUGCGAAAUUCGCCAAGCUACCAGAGUUCGACCCUGACGAAUGCGAGUCGUCUCCACUGCCCACGACCCCGAUGCAAAUAGUCAAGUCAUACUUCGACAAGCAAAAGCAAGGUGGUGUUUUAGAUGACAGUCACAAGCCGAUAAGCCCACCGGUCAAAUCUGGCCCUAAAACUCCCAGCCGGCGAGGCGGAAACAUCUUCUUCGGUUCCAGCUUCAACUCGGACAUGCUGACCGACUCGUUUGCGACGAAGAAAGAGUUCGAAAGCGACACUUCCCCACUCUGUUCGCCAAUCACACCGAAGACACCGCUGGAGAACUGGGAAAAAUCCAGCAGUCGCAAACUUCUCGACGAGCGUCGCCGCCUCGUUGUAGAGUUGCUCGAAACGGAGGGAAUGUUUCCCACAGCGCAAGCCACUUCCAGCUUUCAAGCGAAGCACUUCGAGAUAUUUCCCACCAAGCAGAUACUUCAGCUGAAAAUUCGUGAAGUCCGGCAAAAAGUGAUGGCUUCUGUCCAGUCACCAGUGACCACUCCGUCGGCUAGUGGUUCAGGCGUGUUGUUUUCUUCGACUGCAGCAUCAGCGAAGCCGUCCCAGACAUAA